CUGCACUUCCAUGGACACCACCAACCAUUCGGAUCUCUGCUUUCCACAGCAGGCCAACACUUCCUGCAGGAAGCCUUCAUCUGAUGGUGCUCUUUUUAUUAUCCUGCUGUCUGCUGAAUGCGUCCUCAAUGUACUGCUCAACCUGCUCGUCAUCAUCUCGAUCUCUUACUUCAGGCAACUCCAUACCCCCACCAACCUUCUCCUCCUCUCCCUCGCCAUCUCUGACUUGUUGGUGGGCCUGGUGGCAGUACCUGGUGCAAUCUACGUCACGAUAUCCUGCUGGUUUCUCGGUGACAUUGCUUGUUCUCUGUGGAACUACAUGACCUUCACAGUAGCAACCUCCUCGGUCGGAAACAUGGUCUUGAUAUCUGCUGACCGUUAUAUGGCUAUUUGUGAUCCUCUGCAUUAUAAUGUCAAUGUCACUGUGAGAAGAAUUCAAUGCUGUGUUUGUCUCUCUUGGAUGGCAGCUCUUCUAUACUCCGCCAUCAUUUUAAAUGAUCAAUUGGGUCAUCCUGGAAUGUACAACUCAUGCCACGGCGAGUGUGUCAUCGGCUUUGAGGUUUACGCAGGCAUUCUGGACAUUGUCGUAAGCUUUGUCCUUGCUCUCAUCAUCAUUAUCACGCUGUACAUGAGAGUGUUUGUUGUCGCAGUUUCUCAGGCACGAGCCAUGCGCUCCCACGUUACAUGUGUCAAAUUACAACAUUCUGCCCCUUUCAGAGCAAAGUCAUCCGAGUUGAAGGCAGCCAGGACUAUCGGUGUUCUCGUUUUGGUCUUUCUGGUGUGUUUCUGUCCGUAUUAUAUUGUCAGUCUGGUGGCUGAUAAUGAGAAAUUCGGUUCCGUGAUGAAAUAUGUUCUUUAUUUGUAUGAUGUCAACUCGUGUGUGAACCCCUUAAUAUAUGCCCUUUUUUACCCCUGGUUUAGAAAAGCUGUCAAGCACAUUGUCACUCUUCGCAUUCUGCAUCCUUCCUCCCGUGAGGCCAACAUACUGUAGACUCAGUUUGUUAUCAUGUUUGAAAUGCUAACAUUCAAAUGUUAUUGACAUGUGCUACUGCAAUAUGACAAAGUUGUGAUGUUUAAUGUGUACUUUUUCAAAUCACUUUACUGUCACUUCAGUUCUCUGCAGAGCUCCUUCACUAGACAGUAUAUCAGUGCACUGUGUAUUUUGUUCAAUCAUUGUACUCUAUUUGCAAUAUUGUGUUGAUGUCAUUAACCCCAUACAUAAAAGUACACUGUUGAAUAUAGGGAAGAACAUUUCGGCAUAUUAGCAAGUAUAUGUAUAAAUGGACUUCUAAGUGUUUAUACUGAAUAUGAUAUAUAUGUGAAAGUAAUUUUGGGUAUGUGUGUGGAGGUUUUUUUUUCCAUCUACCAGUGUUUGUAUGGAUGGAUGUAUGUACUGUAUGUUUGUGAUGCGGCAGUUCUUGAUGGGUAAUAUACAGACAUCAUGGUCAUGGUAAAAAGCUUUUUGAACUGACAGUAGAUUUUUCAGUUUUGCUUAUUUUGUGUUUUAUAUUUCCAAACAAAAGCUUCAUUCCAUCAAUCAAAUCCCACUAUUGUUUUCUGCACAUUCAUUGUGCCACACUUAGGGCUUAAGGGAUUGAAAUCUUUGACAAACAUUACAAAUAAGUCACAGCAUUAAAUGAAAUGGCAAUGGAUAUUUGUGAAUGAAAUACUGUACUGUAUUGGGUCAUCAGGCAACAAUAUCAAUAGAGGAUUAAACUGACACACUGUACCUUAUUGUUGUUGUUCGUGUGCAUGCUCUCUCUCUCGCUCUCUCUCCCUCAUUUCCCCACAAUAUCUAGUCAAACCCUUAGGAAUUAAUGUCAUAAGAUUAUCCUUAAAUCUGAUCUGUGUGAAGAAGAGUAAAUUUGUCACAAUUUUAGGAUCUGAAACGGGUCAUGCCAACAAUCUUAAAUAACAAACACGUUCAAUAUUUACAACUUCCCCUGAGUCAUGACACUCUGAAUUCAGAAUUAGAAUCGGCUUUAUUAGCCAAGUGUGUAAAAACUCACAAGGUAUUUUUCUACGGCAGUCGGUGCUUCCCUGGUACCACAUUCAGAAUAAAGAACAACAAAGUAACAAGAAUAAAGAACAAGAGAUGUUUCUGUUUUCCUUAUGUAGCGCCUCUCUAGUAUAAAAUACUUAUACUUAUAAUACGAGGUAGCCACCUGAGUUCUUUUCUUACUCCAAAGUACGAAACUAAUAAAUUAACUCAACGUUAAUUACUCUAAAGGUCUAUUACAAUUUUACUCUUUACUUGUGCAUUUAAUUCUCAAUCAAAAGUCUCUGAAAUAAUAUUUCCCCUUGUGAGUUAAUAUUAUCCUCAUUUAAAUAAUCAAGCUACCAAAUAAACUCACCACUAUUUUAACUGUCUUGCAGAUAGCCAAAUAAUAAAAGUGGUUAUGUAACAAAAAGUGUGAACAUUUAAUAACAAAACAAAGGAUGGAAAAAUCAAACAUAUAUACACAACAGUCAAAUAAACAAAGUCAAGUUAACAGGUACACAAUGCACACAUGCUCAGGGCCCCAGCAAAUAUGAAUAUAGCCAGCAAGCAAACAAAAUUGUUCCCAAGGCAGGAGGGAAGAAAGGUGAAGGUGGUUUUUCCUCUGUCCGGAGUCCUCACGGUCCUCGUCCCUUGUCCUUCUUUGAAGUCCUGAAGAAAGGUGAAGGUGGUUCUUCCUCUGUCCGGCGUCCUCACGGUCCUUGCCCCUUGUCCUUCCUUGAAGUCCAAACACAGCCUCGCUAGCCGCGUUAGCUCGACGCUAGCGCCCUUGUCCUCUCCUUCGUGGUCCAACACACAGGCUCGCUAGCUAGCAUUAGCUGGUUGCUAGCACUCAAGUCAAGUCCCAUGCAUGCACUUAGCCCCUGUGUUAGCGGCUAACUCCACCACGUUACGGCUUGAUUUGAGUAGUCCACUCAAACGACACACUAUCCCAACUUUCAACAGUUCUUGUCGAACACGUCGAUCAACUUUUGAUAAAUGUCCACCGUUCACGUUCUUUGUCUUUUCGUUGCCCUCCAACAACCACUCCUCCCUUCCACUCCGUCUAGCCUUUUUUU